CCUUGCUCAGGUACCUAGAGAAAGGCUGGACACUCAGUGACUGGCAGUGGAUUCCUCUGCUCUCAGCAGUGUCUGGCAACUUUUCAGGCAGGGAAUCCCUUUGCCUCUCAGGUCUCACAACCAUUCCCUGUGAGUGCAGCAGAAAUGCUCAGGAUUUCUGACUUCAGAGAACACUGCUUUACCUGUCCAGAUCUCCAUACCCAGAGGCAGCACCAGAUGUCCAACAGCAGCUCCAUUAGCGAGUUCCUCCUCCUGCCAUUUGCAGACACGCGGGAGCUGCAGCUCCUGCACUUCGCGCUCUUCCUGGGCAUCUACCUGGCUGCCCUCCUGGGCAACGGCCUCAUCCUCACCGCCGUAGCCUGCCACCACCGCCUCCACACCCCCAUGUACUUCUUCCUCCUCAACCUCGCCCUCCUCGACCUGGGCUGCAUCUCCACCACCGUCCCCAAAGCCAUGGCCAAUUCCCUCUGGGACACCAGGGCCAUUUCCUAUGCAGGAUGUGCUGCACAGGUCUUUUUGUUCCUCUUCUUCAUAUCAGCAGAAUUUUAUGUUCUCACCAUCAUGUCCUAUGACCGCUAUGUUGCCAUCUGCAAGCCCCUGCACUACGGGAGCCUCCUGGGCACCAGAGCGUGUGCCAGCAUGGCAGCAGCUGCCUGGGGCAGUGGGGUUCUCUAUGCUCUGCUGCACACGGCCAAUACAGUUUCCCUGCCCCUCUGCCAAGGCAAUGCGGUUGACCAGUUCUUCUGUGAAAUUCCUCAGAUCCUCAAGCUCUCCUGCACUGACUCCUAUCUCAGGGAAGCUGGAUUUCUCAUGUUCAGUGCUUUUUUGGGGUUUGGAUGUUUUUUUUUCAUUGUGGUGUCCUAUGUGCAGAUCUUCAGGGCUGUGCUGAGGAUGCCCUCUGAGCAGGGCCGGCACAAAGCCUUCUCCACGUGCCUCCCUCACCUGACUGUGGUCACCCUGUUUAUCAGGAUGGCCAUAUUUGCCUACCUGAAGCCUCCCUCCAUCUCCUCCCCAUCCCUAGACAUGGCAGUUGCAAUUCUGUAUUCAGCAGUUCCCCCAGCAGUGAACCCCCUCAUCUACAGUGUGAGGAUUGAAGCACUAAAGGAUGCUAUUUUGAAAGUGUUUUUAAUUAUAUUUUUUAGGAAUCAUAAAGUUCCCGUAUCUCUCCACAGGUGA